CUGGGAUGCUGAUGGAUAGGGUUACACGGCUGCUGGGGCCGGCUCAAGGAGAAUCAUCACUCAUUUUGAAAGUCACUCAAAAGUGAUGGAACAUCGGCUUGCACCUACUUUUACUGAAAUACCUCUGAUAGCUCCACUUAUCAAUGGCGAGCCCAUGUAUCAGAUGGAGAGUAAUCAUAUAGACCCCACUGUUGCAAUACAGUAUUCUACCAAUUAUUCACAAAUGAUGAUUCAUCCCAAGAGAUAUGCGAGAUGGCCUUCUUGUCCUCAGUACUGGAUACAACAAAUUAUAUUGGUGCAAGUUAACCCUGGAGAGACCCUUACCAUCAAGUCUGAUGAUGGGACCAUUCAGAAUAUUCAAGGGCCUGCUGAUGUACCUCUGAUGUCACCAAGUGGAACUUUACCACCGAUAUAUCUUCCUCCUGGUUACAUGUCUCAGGUGGUAGAAGAUAAUGGAAUUCGCAAAAUUAUCAUUGUGCCUCAGACAAUUGAGUAUCGCAUGCCCAUGCCUGCUCCUGUACAAGUAUCGCACUUCAUAACACCACACUCUCUUAUAUAUCCACAAGCCCCUCAACUGAUGUUUCCCCCACUUCAUGGGGAAUUUCCACUAACUUAUAUCCAAGAACCUGUGCCUCAGCAGCUACCACCACUACCACCACCACUGCCACCACCGCCACCACUGCCACCACCACCAACAUUUAUUUACCAGGAGCAUCACGAAACCUAUUCUCAUGGAAGAGCAAAUUAUAACCAAUUUGAUGAAAGGGCUGCUAAAAUGGGAGAAUAUAUGAAGAAAAAAAUGAGAGAACGCCAAGUUGGUGGAUACAAGAAUAGCUAUAUGGUUAACAACACCUCUUUGAUUGUAAACAAAACUAAUGAUUUUUCUAGUAUUUCUGGUACUCCAGGUAGUUACUCUGUGAACUGUGCUCCAACCACCUACACUGCUGACAAUACAUCCAACAUUUAUACUGUGGACAAUGCUCCAAGCACCUACGCUGUUGACAAUACUUUGAGCACCUGUACUGUGGACAAUGUCCCGUGCACCUACACUGUUGAAAAUACUUUGAGCACCUACACUGUGAACAAUACUUUGAGCACUUACACUGUGGACAAUGCUCCAAGUACCUAUACUGUGAACGAUGCUCUAAACAUUUAUGCUGCUGACAAUACUCCCAGUACCAACACUGUUGACAAUCCUCCAAGCAUUCCCAAUACUGACAAAACUCCCAAUAAUUCUUCAGCUGACCAUGUCCUUAGCACUUCCACCUCAGACAGUACUCUUUGCCCUGACACCACUGAUAGUGUUACAGGCCCUUCGGGCACUAAUUAUGCUCCCACAACGACCACUUCUGACAGAACUCCCAGUCCAUCAACUAUUGACAGUACACCAAACUCUCCUAUUUCUGAUGAUGAUCCCAACACUUCUGUCCUUGAAAAUGUUCCCAGCAUUUCUGUCAUUGAAAAUGCUUCCAGUACUUCUGCCAUUGAUAAUGCUCCCAGCACAUCUGCCAUUGAUAAUGCUCCCAGCACAUCUGCCAUUGAUAAUGCUCCCAUUACUUCUACCAUUGAUAAUGCUCUCAGUUCUUCCAAUACUACCACAACACCCAGCACUGCUAGGGCUCUGGUUGAGAGUAAUCACGGAAAGAAACGGAAUGUUAUGGGAGGCAGAGACAACAAACAUAAAUCAGGUGGAAAAGAAAACAAGAGCCAAUCAUCAAAUGCAACUGUAAAAGAAUACAAAACAGAACACAGAAAAUCAUGCUAUUUCAUCACUGAGAAACCUCUUGUUUCUGAUAUUCAAACAAGAUCUGCUGUUAUUUCAUGGAAUCUAUAUAGUUCUGAGACAUGUGAUCAUACUAAAUCUCCUAUAACAUUUGAACUGGCAAUAUCUAAUAGUGGUAAAAAUGGAAAAUACAAAAACGUUUAUAUUGGUGAUGGAGUUACAUUUACCCUACAUGAUCUGCAACCAUCCAUGGCCUAUUUUUUAAGAGUUACAACCAUAAGAGGUUCAGAGCACAGGACUGUGUCUGAAGUGUCUAGCUUCACAACACCAGGCUGCGAACCGGACCCUCCACUUGCACCCAGACUGAUUAACCGAUCCAAGAGUAGCCUGAAUUUACAGUGGAAGGGAUCCAAUGAUAAUGGCUCUAAAAUAAACAGUUUUGUUUUGGAAUGGGAUGAGGGUAAAGGUGAAGACUUCAAAUGUUGUUAUGUGGGUACCAUGAAACAACACAAGAUCCUUAAACUGAAUGCUUCUACAAAAUAUUCCUUCAGAUUAGCUGCCAAAAAUAACUUUGGCUUAAGUGAUUUCAGCGAAAUAGCAGUCUUCCAUACAUCCGGAACUAUACCUCCAACACCUUCACCUCCUAAACUAAGAGAAGCAGGAGUCUAUAGCUUGUCACUAGAAUGGGGUCCCCCAGCUAACUCAAAUCCAAAUGACAGUCUUACUUAUGUACUAGAAAUGGAAGAUGCUGGAUCUGGCUUAGGUUUUAAACCUAAAUACAAUGGAGAAGACCUCUCAUGCACUAUAAGAAAUCUUCAGAGAAGUACUACAUACAAGUUUAGGAUCUUUGCCUACAAUAUGGAAGGAAGAAGUAACCCCAGUGGAGAAGUAAAAUAUACUACCUCUCCAGAUAAGCCUGGGCCUCCUAGAAAACCACACAUAAGGGGAAAGAUCCAUGCACACAGAGUAAAAAUUGGAUGGGAAUCACCCAAAGAUAAUGGUGGAACGUACAUUUCAAGCUACAGUUUAGAAGUUAGUGAAAAUUCAAAUGAAAAUCUCUGGAAUAUAAUCUACAAUGGCACCAUAAAGGAAUUUUUAUAUGACAAUUUGAAACCUGGUACUACAUAUAAACUGAGAGUUUUUUGCAACUCGCCCGUAGGCCAAAGCCAGCCUUCAGAUAUAUUGACCAUUCAAACACCAACUCUUUCUCCUGCAUCUUGCCGUCAUCCACCCUUAAAUGGUAAAACAAAGUCCAAAGAAAUGAACCUCCAAAGUGACAAUCCUUCUGCUAAUGGAAACUCUGAAGUACUUGUACAUGUCAAAAAGGCAAAAGGUAACCAAGAUGACACAAAAGAGCAACCUGGCUCUGAAAAUGGAUGCACACUUGGAUCUCAUUCAAUGACGUGUGAAACAGCACCUUUCCCAGGCCCUCCUUCUCAUUGUGGUACACCUGUGCUAAACUGCAAGGGUCCAACCUGUGUUGUUGUUAGUUGGGGAAUUCCUGAAAGCAACGGUGCUGAAAUCACUGAUUAUAGACUAGAGUGGGGACAAAAUGAAGAAUCAAUGCACUUGAUUUACACUGGCCCUUGUCUGCGUUAUGAAGUUAAAGGUCUCAUCCCUGCAACUACUUAUUUUUGCAGAGUCCAGGCUGUAAAUAUAGUUGGAGUUGGAAUGUUUGGAGGAACUGGCAUAGUAACCACACCAGCAACUGUGCCAGCAGUAGUGCAAAUGUUACAUGAAGUUGAAAACAAAGUUCCUGCCAAAUUGGCGUCAUCCUGCCUUGCUAUUAAAUGGGAGGAACCAGAUUGCCAUGGCUCUCCUAUCACUGGAUAUAACAUUGAAUAUGGAGAUAGAAAAAUUUUGAAUGUUGGUAGAGUAACAGAGUGUCUUCUAAAACAUCUACAGCCUGACACCACAUAUAAAAUCAGAAUUCAAGCUAUCAAUCAUUAUGGACUAAGCCCUUUUAGCCAAUCAAUAAGAACCAAAACCAAACCACUACCACCUGAGCCUCCACAUCUUGAUUGUGUAGUCUAUGGACACCAGAGCCUCAAACUGAAAUGGGGUAACACUUCGAACAAAAGACUACUUUCCAACCUUAUAAGCUAUAACUUGUUAAUGGGAGAUCGUUCUGGCAGAUUCUCUGUCAUUUACCAUGGACCUUGUCAAACUCACAAAGUGCAGAGAUUGGGUGAAUAUACUCAAUACAAAUUUAAAAUCCAGGCAUGUAAUGAGGCUGGUGAGGGACCACUUUCUGGCAUCUAUACUUUCACGACAAACAAAACCCCACCACCCACACUUAAAGCACCUAAAUUACAUCACCUGAAUAGCAAUAUAUGUGAGAUCAAAUGGGAGUCUUUGGAGCCAAUAAAAGGAGAUCCCAUUGUUUACAAUCUUCAGCUCAUCAGUGAAAAAGGAACUGACUUGAUUUACAAAGGACCGAACACUUCAUUCUCCUUUUCCAACUUUCUCACAAAUUCACAUUAUCGCUUCAAGGUUUGUGCUGGACGCCAAUAUCAAAGUUCUGCAGGGAUGCAAGAACUCUGGGGACCGUAUAGUCCCAGCACUCUUUUCUCAACUCAUAAGCAACAGCAGGGACCUGGUAAAGGUGGUGGAGGAAAGGGAGGAAACAACCCUAGUGAAGAAAAAGAUGAAAAGCAUAGAAUAGAGAUGAGCGAUGAUACAUUUGUUCUAAUCCUUGUGAUAGGAUUUGCACUUGUUGCCAUUCUGUGUGCUGUUGCAAUUCAACACUUCCUAAUCAAUUAGUCUAUUCUUGUGCAUUUUCUCCACUUUAGGAAGUUCUAAAACAAAUUACAUCAGAUGUAGAAAUUGUUAGAUAUAGCUCAACUCUUACUUAAAUGUAAAACCCAUUUGGUAGAAAUUCUUUACAACUUUUACCUAAUAGUAAAAGAACUGCCUUAAUAUUCAAGAAAUCCACUGUGACAUUAGAAGAGAUUUUUUUCCUUAGGGAAUAGGUCUAUUUUAAGUUUCAUAAUUUUAGAAACAAAAGCAUUUCCAUUGUUAUACAAAUCUAGAAUCUCUAUGGAAGCUAUUUCCUGCCUUAAUUUUUCAAAUGAAUAUUUUCCAAACUUUGUGGAGUUAUAAGAGUAA